UACUGCGUGUUGGAGUAGCUGCACAGAAUAAAAUCGCUCUCGUCGCCCAGCCUUCUCCUCUUCCCUCGGCUCACCAGGAAUGUAUAUACCUCAGACGAACCAUCCCAAUCCCGACUCCUCCCUGGCUCCCGCUACAAGCCUCGGAGUGGGCCUGCCAUUCACGCGAGAAUUCGCCACAUAUCACAAUACCCCCUUUCCCGUCGAGUCGGCAUCACUUACAGCACGCCGGCUAUUCACCCGUAGUCUCGGCGCUUUAUCGACUACUCUCGAACAUGUCACGAGACUGCGGAAGCGAGCGGGGCAAACCAGUGUGAACACUACUAUCGGUGUGGUGGUCGGCAUCCUCCUAGCAGUAUUUCUACUCGGAUUCUUCGGGUUUUUAUACUUCUACGGAAGAUCAUUUCGCGCCAAGCGGAGGAAACAUCGUCGCCGCAAGUCAGCCGCUUCGAAAAAUUCUAAGAAUUCAGAAGGUGCCGGCGCUGCCCCUCCGCCGGCUGCAUAACAUACAUCACUUGUUAUGUUCUUCAUGAAGUACGAAACAGGAAGCAUGAGGCUCGAGAAACGGUACGACGGCGAGCGUUAACAUCAUCGUGCUUUCGCAGAAGGGCAAUGUUAGGGGCAUGGGAAAUCUACAGGAAGUUUGUCGCAUAUCUACAGAACGGCUUAUUCAGCGGCCAAGAUCAGAAUCAGCGAGUCCUUGUCAUGUAAUAAGGGUCAUUAUGUUUGGAGUUGGGGCUUUCAUGUUUGUACGAUACUAUGAGCGCAGUCUUUCAGGGGCAUGGGCGGAGUUUGGGAGGCAAUUGGUAUAUUGGGUGAGGAUUUUAUCGGUGAUAUGGUUUUGAUGAGUCUCUUACAUGCUUAUGAUCACGAUAAAUCUCACGAUCCCGUUUUCACAUGGGUUCCGGCCCGAACAUUUAGACGCUAGGUGAGUGCAGCCACAUGAUGAACGAGUCGAGAAAGCCUCAUUUUCCCCACGCUCCGCGAUCGUCAAUCUAGCGUUGGUGCCCAACGAAAUGCCUACUUGAUGCUACCACCCUCAAUUAUAUCAGGCUCCCAGCCGUAUUUUACUCUAUGAAAUAUGCCAACUCAACCCUUCUGUCGCGCAAAGAUCGUUGCGUUCGACCAAUCGUAAUAAAUCCUGAC